AUGAAGUUUCUAACGCCGGCUCUGGCGCUUUUCGCGGCUGCGAAUGCAGCAUUCGACCAACCUCUUGGCCCAACCCUCAAUGCUACAGGCCCCGUGGCCAAUUCUACCUAUGACUAUGUGGUCGUUGGCUCAGGCCCUGGCGGCGCGCCUCUUGCCGCUCGUCUAGCCAUGGAAGGCUACAGCGUUCUUCUUGUCGAAGCAGGAGAAGAUAGAGGACAAGAUCCAGCGGUCCAAGUGCCAGCUUUACACGUCCUGGCGUCUCAGCACGAGCCGAUCGCCUGGGACUACUUUGUUAACCACUACUCUGAUCCCGAACAGGCCAAGAGGGAUAGCAAGAUGUCUUACCGAAAGCCAGAUGGGGAAGUUUAUGUUGGCCUUAACCCUCCUGCAGGAUCUGAGCCUUUGGGUAUCCUAUACCCGCGUGUGGGAGCUCUUGGCGGCUGCUCUCAGCACAACGCUCUUGUAACGAUACUGCCCCAAGAUAGCGAUUGGAACAACAUUGCGGCCAUGACCGGCGACAGCUCAUGGGAGGCCUCCAAGAUGAGGGAGUAUUACAAAAAGCUUGAAAAGUGCCAUUAUCUCCCUGGUGGUCUCGAUAGCAGCGUACACGGAUACGAUGGAUGGCUGGAGACGCAGACCACCCCUGCCGUUCUGAUUGUACAAGACCCGAAGGUGCUUUCUCUUGUUCUCGCUGCUGCUACCACCAUGGGAAAGUCCCUUCUAGGCAAGGUUGUCAGCACUGUUACCGGACUUCUUGAAAUCCUUGCUCUCGAUGUCAACAACGAUUCGCCUAGCCGUGAUGCUGGCGAAGACAUCUAUCAAAUCCCGCUUUCCAUGAAGGACCCUUCCUUCACGCGCUCGUCCCCUCGAGACUUUAUCUUUGAUGUCGCAACGGCCACAAACGACGAUGGGUCCAGGAAGUACAAGUUGGACGUGGCACUGAAUACUCUUGUGACCAAGAUCAAUUUUGACGAGACAGGAGCUAAGCCCAAGGCAACUGGCGUUGAAUACCUAGUCGGAAAGAGCCUCUACCGAGCCGAUCCCCGUGCCACCAAGGAAGACGGCGGUAUUCCCGGUCGUGUGUUUGCCAGCAGAGAAGUAAUCGUCUCUGCUGGUGCGUUCAAUACUCCUCAACUCCUCAAGCUAAGUGGUAUUGGUCCAGCCUCAGAGCUUCAAUCUUUCGACAUUCCAGUGGUCAAAGACCUUCCCGGUGUUGGUGGCAAUAUGCAAGAUCGUUACGAGGUCGGCAUCGUGGGUAAGGCACCAACCGACUUCACCUUGCUUAAGAAGUGCACCUUCUUGGACAUGAAUGGCACCCAUGAUGGGCAGGAUCCGUGCUUUGAUCAAUGGCAGGACGGCAUCGGUGGUCUCAAGGGUGGCUACACAACCAAUGGUAUCGCAUUCGGCUACUUUAAGCACUCCUCAGUAGCAGAGAACGGCAACCCGGACCUCUUCCUUGGCGGCGUGCCAGCGUACUUCUCCGGCUACUUCCCCAACUAUGCAGAGCAUGCGCUGGCUGACCUGAGCGUCUGGACGUGGCUGACACUCAAGGGCCACAGUCGUAACAACGCCGGUGUUGUCAAUCUCACAAGCGCCAACCCACGAGACACCCCCAAUAUCACCUUUCACAGUCUAUUUGAGGGUGUCGGUGGCGAAGAGGACCUCCAAGCCGUAUAUGAGGGUAUGAAGUAUGGUAUUGAGGCCUUUGAGAAUUUGAUUCCGCUCGACGGUGCCUUUGAGCGUAUCUGGCCUCCCAAGGAAAUCUCCUCCGAGGCUGACCUUAAGCGCUUUGCCCAGGACGAAGCCUGGGGUCAUCAUGCCAGCUGUACCUGUCCAAUUGGAGCAGAUGAUGACGAUCUCGCUGUUCUUGACUCUAACUUCAAGGUGCGCGGAGUUGAUGGACUGAGAGUCGUAGAUGCCUCUAUUUUCAACAAGAUUCCCGGGUUCUACAUCAUGUUGUCUAUCUUGAUGGCAAGCGAGAAAGCGGCAGACGUAAUUAUCGCAGAGGCACAGAAUGCGUAA